AUGAAGCCACCUCAAGCCCAUCUGCGGAUGGGAAGGAUUAGAAUUCCAAUAGAGGCCCAGAUGAAAUAUCUGGGCCUCACACUGGAUGGCACCUGGUGCUUCAGGGAACAUUUCAGUCGCCUGAUCCCCAGACUAAGAAUAAUAUCGAUAAACCUUGGCAGACUAAUGCCAAAUAUCGGGGGACCAGACCGGAAGGUACGUCGUCUCUACGCGGCAGUAGUCAACUCGGUCGCCCUAUAUGGAGCGCCCAUUUGGGCAGAAGCUCUGGUCAUCAGCCGUCCGUCCCAAGCACUACUGCGUAGGGUGCAGCGGACGGUGGCGACCAGGAUCAUCAGAGGGUACAGGAUCGUCUCCCACGUGGUGGCGACGGCCCUGGCGGGCAUGCCUCCUCUGGAGCUCCUCGCACUCAUGUACAGGUCAAUGAGUAAGGAGAAGCUCCGGAGGACACUACAGGCAGAAGAUUCGCUCGCCGAGUCAAUGCGACGCCUGAAGCACCAGGCUCGGCAACUCCUCUUCCAGCGAUGGCAGAGGCGUCUGCAAGACGCCAGGUCACCGUGGGAUAUCACAGGACUCCUCUCGGUCGCCGUGGGAUAUCUCAGGACGCCUCUAGGUUGCCGUUAUAAGUUCGGCAUAACAACGGGCGACUUAAACUACAUGUAUUCUACUUGUAUAUAUAAAAACAAUCACUGUAACUAA